AUGGGACUGAAGCAGCGCGUGGUGGCGGUACCGCACCGGCAAGUGAGACAGACUGACUGAUGAUGAGAGACGAAUAGGUCUGUCUUAACAAACUGGUUUGGGGAUGGGGAUUAUUUUAAGAUGGUCAUACCAAGGAUCAUUUAGCUAUUUGAUUUUGAAUUUUAGUACAUUCCAUCAGAAAGUAUUCAUACCCCUCGACUUAUUCUACAUUUUGUUGUGUUACAGCCUGAAUUCAAAGUGAAAACGUGUUUUAAGAAAUCUUUGCAAAUAUAUUGAAAAUGAAAUAUAGAAAUAUCUAAUUUACAUAAGUAUUCACAACUCUGAGUCAAUACUUUGUAGAAGCACCAUUGGCAGUGAUUACAGCUGUGAGUCGUUCUGGGUAAGUCUCUAAGAGCUUUGCACACCUGGAUUGUACAAUAUUUCCACAUUAUCCUUUUAAAAAUUCUUCAAGCUCUGUCAAGUUGUUUGUUGAUCAUUGUUAGACAGCCAUUUUCAAGUCUUGCCAUAGAUUUUCAAACUGAUUUAAGUCAAAACUGUAAUUGCAGUUUAACUUUAGUGCCUUAUGCAAACAGGAUGCAUGUUUUGGAAUAUUUUUUAUUCUGUACAGGGUUCCUUCUGUUCACUCUGUCAUUAGGUUAGUAUUGUGGAGUAACUACAAUGUUGUUGAUCCAUCCUCAGUUUUCUCCUACCACAGCCAUUAAACUCUGUACCUGUUGUAAAGUCACCAUUGGCCUCAUGGUGAAAUCCUUGAGCCAUUUCCUUCCUCUCCGGAAACUGAGUUAGGAAGGAGGCCUGUAUCUUUGUUGUGACUGGGUGUAUUGAUACACCAUCCAAAGUGUAAUUACCUGGGGCGGAAGGUAGCUUAGUGGUUAAGAGCAUUGUGCCAGUAACCAAAAGGUCACUGGUUCUAAUCCCCGAGCCGACUAGGUGAAAAAUCUGUCGAUGUGCCCUUGAGCAAGGCACUUAACCCCAAUUUUAAGUCUGGUUAAGAGCGUCUGCUAAAAUGACUAAAAUGUAAUUAAUAACUUCACCAUGCUUAAAGGGAUAUUCAAUAUGUGUUUUGUUUUAUUUUUACCCAUCUACCAAUAGGUGCCCUUCUUGCGAGGCAUUGGAAAACUUCCCUGGUCUUUCUGGUUGAAUCUGUGUUUGAAAUGCACUGCUCGACUGAGGGACCUUAAAGAUAAUUGUAUGUGUGGGGUACAGAGAUGAGGUAAUCAUUCAAAAACAAUGUUAAACGCUAUUAUUGCACACAGUGAGUCAAUGCAACUUAUGUGACUUAAGCACAUUUUUACUCCUGAACUUAUUUACACUUGCCAUAACAAAGGGGUUGAAUACUUAUUGACUCAAGACAUUUCAGCUUUUCAUUUUUUAUGAAUUUGUAAAAAUCUCUAAAAACAUAAUUACACUUUGACAUUAUUGGGUAUUGUGUGUAGGCCAGUGACACAACAUCUCAAUUUAAAUUCAGGCUGUAACACAACAAAAUGUGGAAAGAGUCAAGGGGUGUGAAUACUUUCUGAAGGCACUGUAUAACAAAAAAAUGAAUACAUGUUAUGGAUGAAACAUUGAAUUUGGCCUUACUGCUAUUGGCCCAUAGAAACACAUUGAAUAACAGAUUCAUACAUGGAAAAACAGUAAAAAAAAAGUCUCUCUCCUAUAUCUGAGGUAUACACUACCAGUCAAAAGUUUGGACACACCUACUCAUUCAAGGGUUUUUCUUUAUUUGUACUUUUUUAUACAUUGUAGUAUAAUAGUGAAGACAUCAAAACUAUGAAAUUACACAUAUGGAAUCAUGUAGUAACCAAAGAAGUGUUAAACCAAUCUAAAUAUAUUUUAUAUUUGAGAUUCUUCAAAUAGCUACCCUUUGCCUUGAUGACAGCUUUGCACACUGUAUAUUAUUUUUUGGACACAUAUUUAACCUCUUUUUUUAGGCACUAAACUACUUCCAUAUUGCCUUCAGAAAGUAUUCAUACCCCUUGACUUAUUCUACAUUUUGUGUUACAGCCCGAAUUCAGAAUGUAUAAUAUAAUUUUUCUCACCCAUUUACACACAAUACCCCAUAAUGACAAAGUGAAAACAUAUUUUUAGAAAUGUUUUCCAAUAUAUUGAAAAUAAAAUACAUAAAUAUCUAAUUUACAUAACUCUUCACACCCCUGAGUCAAUACUUUGUAGAAGCACCAUUGGUAGCGAUUACAUCUGUGUGUCUUUCUGGGUAAGUCUCUAAGAGCUUUCCACACCUGGAUUGUGCAACAUUUGCCCAUUAUUCUUUUCAAAACUCUUCAAACACAUGCAUUUUUUUAACCUUUAGAUAGCAUUUAUCUUGUGUCAGUCAAUCCUCAACCGGCCCUACAGAUAUGUGACGGAGCGGAUCAAGGUGAAGUCUUCUAGUGCACCUUCAUCCUCAGAUGAUGAGGAGGAAGGAGUGGGGCCCCAGUUUGUUCUUCCCUAAUUUUGUGUGGGCCAUCAGAGAUUUCACUCUACUACUCGAGAUCGACGGCAGAAACGUCACCGAAGACGACUAUCUGGAGCAUUCCCUGGAACUCAAAAAAGGUGACACUAACACUAGCCACCACCCCUAUGAUCAACAGUGCACAAUGGCUCUCCAAAGAAUAGUGUACCAUGAAUGAUUAUAUAGUUGCAAUAAUCAUUCAUAGUUGCAAUAAUCAUUCUCACAAAGAGCAAAUCAAAUCUUAUUUGUCACAUGCGCCGAAUACAACUGGUGUAGACCUUACCGUGAAAUGCUUACUUACAAGCCCUUAACCAACAAUGCAGUUCAAGAAAUAGAGUUAAGAAAAUAUUUACCAAAUGAAAAGUAACAAUAAAAUAACAAUUACGAGGCUAUAUACAGGGGUUACCGGUACCGAAUCAAUGUGCGGGGUACAGCAGUGUAAAAAGAAAAGGGGGGGGGGGGUGUCAGUGUAAAUAGUCCGGGUGGCCAUUUGAUUAAUUGUUCAGCAGUCUUAUAGCUUGGGGGUGGAAGCUGUUAAGGAGCCUUUUGGACCUAGACUUGGCGCUCCGGUACCGCUUGCCGUGCGGUAGCAGAGAGAACAGUCUAUGACUUGGGUGACUGGAGUCUUUGACAAUUUUUUGGGCUUUCCUCUGAUGGGUUGAAAAGAAGAUUGAUAUUUGCUCUGAGUGUUGCUAAAUUACAUAUUGUAGCAUUACACUCAUAAUCAAACAGACUUAUAAACCAAGUGACUCAAUUACUUUAUCCGGUUUGUUUAUUGGUCAUACAGUAUUCUGCUAUAUCUUAUAUCUCUAAGGGCCGGUCCCCCAGACACAGAUUAGGCCUACUCCUGGACUAAAAAGCAUUUUCAAUGGACAAUCUCUUUUUUGGGGGGUCCAGAACAAGGCCUAAUCUGUGUCUGGGAAACUGGUUAUAAAAUUCUAGUCAUGUGAGGGUAAGAAGAACCUGAUGUACAACCUCCCAUGAGAGUGCAUCCAGAACAACUUCCCCUCGCGCAAGUGCUUUGCAUUCCCCACCCCUACAACUCCUGACAACAUGCCCCGCCUGGACUCCAUGGACGAGGCUGACCUCUGUGGAAACUUCCGAGGUCGCAGAUAUGCUUCAUUUCCCAGGUGACCAGUAUGAAAACUGUCAAACGGGGCCACGAAGUAACCGGGAGAAAUAAAUCAAAUAUCUGCAGAUUCUGCACAGACGCACAUUUUCUCGUUGAAUGUAGCCAGUUAUUUUACCACCAAAUGUAUACAUUUAUAUUUUUCCGCCACCUCUUAUCUGAAUCCAGUGCUGGGCCACUUGGUCAACACCUAUGUGGAGACCAUAGCCAAAGGCGCUGUGCCCUGUCUGGAGAAUGCGGUGCUGGCCAUGGCUCAAAUUGAGAACCAAGCUGCUGUGGAUGAGGGCCUGGCGGUGUAUCAGAGGGGCAUGGAGGAGGUGAAGGCCUUAUUCCCUGUGGACAUGGGUCAGAUUUCAGCUCAUCACCUCCGCUCAGACCACCAGGCCACGCAGCGAUCCUUCAAAGAUGAAAAUUGGGAUUUCUUGAAAGCUCUAGCGGUAAGGGUAAUUAUUUAAGAUCUGUGCCUAGUACGAACACUGAGUUCUUAACUCUUUCAAGGACCACUUUUUCCAAAUGCUUCCCUAAAAAUGUAUUGACUCUUGCAGGAGGCCACUGCAAAAGACUACACUGACCUUCUCAUCCAGAAUGAGGAGGUCUCAGAGAAGAAAUGUAAGGCCCUUCUGGAGAAGCUGUCUGCUCCGAUGGCCCAGAAGAUUAUAGGUGGGAUCUACGCCACACCAGGAGGCUAUGAGCUUUACUGCAAUCACCAUGACAACAUGGUGGCACAGUACCGGGCCGAGCACAACAAAGGAGUUAGGGUAAGACCUUCAGGCUGAGUUCUUGCUAGGGCUGAAUGAAAGUGUUUUCCUUUAGGGAUGUCACAAACAAAAAAAUAUAUAUUAAAACACAGGAGCUGUUCUUAUCUUUCAGGUUGUAGAUGGGUUGCUAUUCUUUAUAUCAGACUUGUUACUGUUAUGAUUCACAUUAGCUGCAAUAAUGUAUCUUUAGGCAUGUUUAGCAUCAUACCAGAAACACAUCUAACUGGUUUUAGAUUGCCAUCAAACAAUGAUAAAACAUGUAGCCUUGGGGGGGUGUUUUCUGCAGACUAAGGAGAUUCUGGAGCAGUUCCUGAGGGAGAAGAGUCUAGAGAAGAAUUCCAUCCUGCAAGCUGACAAAAAACUGACCGAAAAUGAGAAAAACAUCCACGGUAAAUCCAAAAUAAGGCAUGGGAUGUUAUUUAGUUGAAUUCUGGUUGAAGUGAAUUCUCACAAUAAAUAGGGUCAACAUAUACUGAACAAAAAUAUAAAACACAACAUGUGUUGGUCCCAUGUUCCAUGAGCUGAAAUAAAAUAUGUUUCUAAACAUUUCUACAUUAAUGUGGAUGCUACCAUGACUACAGAUAAUCCUGAAUGAAUCGUGAAUAAUGAUUAGUGAGAAAGUUAAGAUGCACAAAUAUCAUACUCCCAAGGCAUGCUAAUCUCUCACCAUUACAAUAACAUGGGAGGUUAUAUUUGUGCUGUAAUGUCACGAACGUCAGGGAGAGACCAAGGCGCAGCGUUGAAUGCGUACAUAUUUAUUAAUAGAAUGAUCACACGAUCAAAACAACGGACGAUAACGUGAUGUCUACGGUUUAACACAAACCAAACAAGAACAAGAAACCACAAACACAAAGUGAAAGACAGACAGUUAAAUAUGGCUCCCAAUCAGAGACAACCAGCUGACACUCGUUGCCUCUGAUUGGGAGUCACUCAGGCCAACAUAGAAAUACAAACAUAGAAUUACACACCCUGGCUCAACAUAACAGUGUCCCCAGAGCCAGGGCGUGACAGUACCCCCCCCUAAAGGCGCGGACUCCGACCGCGCCAACUAAAUACCACAGGGGAGGGACCGGGUGGGCACUCCGCCUUGGCGGCGGAUCCGGCUCCGGGCCUGAUCCCCACUCCCUCUCCAACCCCCCAAAGUACCCCUGGUCCGGUCUGGCCCCGCUGGCCGGAGCUGGACUGCACACUGAUGGAGCGGAUUGCUCUAGCUCCGGCGUAACGCAUCUGACCGGUGCCGGACCAGGCACCAGUGGAACAGGCACGGGCCGUGCCGGACCGACGACGCACACCACUGGCUUGGUGUGGGGAGCAGGAGCGGGCCGGACCGGGCUGACGAAACGCACCACAGACUUGGUGCGGGGAGCAGGAAUGGGCCGGACUGGGCUGGCGACGCGCACCACAGACUUGGUGCGGAGAGCAGGAACGGGCCGGACAGGGCUGACGAAACGCACCACAGACUUGGUGCGGGGAGCAGGAAUGGGCCGGACUGGGCUGGCGACGCGCACCACAGACUUGGUGCGGAGAGCAGGAACGGGCCGGACAGGGCUGACGAAACGCACCACAGACUUGGUGCGGGGAGCAGGAAUGGGCCGGACUGGGCUGGCGACGCGCACCACAUACUUGGUGCGGAGAGCAGGAACGGGCCGGACAGGGCUGACGAAACGCACCACAGACUUGGUGCGGGGAGCAGGAAUGGACCGCACCGUACUGGGGACACACACCACUGGCCCUACACCGGGAUCUGGAACGGGCCGGACCGGACUGGCAACACACGCCAGUACCUCUCGCCGUGCCUCUACAUCCUCCAUCCCCUCUUCGACCAGUGGCCCCCGUAACCUGGCGGCCUCCUCUGGCAACCCGCGCGGCCUCCUGCUGGUCCGACGUCGUGAGCCCCCCCCUAAAAAUUUUCUGGGAGUCUCUCCUCCCCGUGGGCCAGGCCUCGAUAAUUCUCGCCCAACUCUCGCUCUUCUGCUUCCAAUCUCCGCCAUUCAGCUCCUCAUUCGGCUUGACCCAGUCGAAGCUCUGCCUCCACUGUUGCCAAGUCCACCCACUCUGCUCCUCACUAGGCUGCUUGGUCCAGUUCUGGUGGUUUCUUCUGUCACGAACGUCAGGGAGAGACCAAGGCGCAGCGUUGAAUGCGUACAUAUUUAUUAAUAGAAUGAUCACACGAUCAAAACAACGGACGAUAACGUGAUGUCUACGGUUUAACACAAACCAAACAAGAACAAGAAACCACAAACACAAAGUGAAAGACAGACAGUUAAAUAUGGCUCCCAAUCAGAGACAACCAGCUGACACUCGUUGCCUCUGAUUGGGAGUCACUCAGGCCAACAUAGAAAUACAAACAUAGAAUUACACACCCUGGCUCAACAUAACAGUGUCCCCAGAGCCAGGGCGUGACAUGUAACUAACUUUCUCACUCAUCAUUAUUCAGGAUUCAUUCAGGAUUAUCCGUAAUCAUGGUAGCAUUAAGAUUAAUGUAGAAGGGUAUAGAAACACAUUCUAUUUUUAUUUACAAUAAAAGUGACUCCAAAAUAACAAUACAUUAUUUAUUUCUAUUGGACACAAAAUAAUCUGAAACACAACCAAAACAAAUAGCAAAUGCAUCCAACAAAUUUGUAGAGUCACAAGCUUGAUGCAGUCAUUCAUGCUAUGACUAUGGGACCAAAUACUUACAUUUUACUGCUUUAAUACACAUAAGUGAAUGUUCCAAUAAUUUUGGUCCCCUAAAAUGGGGGGACUGUGUACAAAAAGUGCUGUAAUUUCUAAACGGUCACCCAAUAUGGAUGAAAAUACCCUCAAAUUAAAUCUCAGUCUGCACUUUAACCUCAGUCAUUGUAUAAUUUCAAAUACAAAGUGCUGGAGUAGAGAGCCAAAACAAGAAAUGUGUCACUGUCCCAAUACUUUUAGAGCUCACUAUAAUUAGAAUAUAUAUGACAAAUCUCUGAAGUUCAAUGUAAAAUGCAUAUCUGUUAGUGUUUAUGUAAGUAGUAGUAGUCUAUCUGACUCACAUCUGGAAAACCUAAUUCAUGCUUUUGUGGCCUGAGUUCUUCUUCCUUUAAUCUCAGAUAACGGGCCACAAUUUGGUGUUCAAAUAGCUCAGACCAAGAAUCAAUCAGUUUGCACUCGAGAAAUAGCCAUUGGCUGCUGUCUUUUUUCUGACACAGAGAAGAGAGCCCUGGCUGAACAGGCAGUGAAGAUGGAGGCAGAGAAAAUGGAGGCAGAGAAACAGCAACAGUUAGAGAAACUGACCCAGGAGAGGAAGAGAAGUCAUCAGGAGGGCAUCCGUCAGCUAGAGGUAUGUAUGGACACUGGAAACCUAUAGUAUACCAAGUCUCCUAAAAUACUAUUUACAUUAUUAUUUUUUUUUACUAUAACCACAGAUUGUAGUAACUGAGGGAGGUGAACACAACAGUGUUUAAGAAGAUACCGCUUGCAAAUCCAUAACUAGGAUGUCUGUAUUGUGUUGUCCCUCUGUGAUUCUAGGCCAAGAUGGGCCAGGAGGCAAAGGAGAAGCAACAGGAGUUGGAGAGAGCGAUAGAUCGCAAGCUCCAGGAGCAGGAGAAGCUGAUGGCUAAGGUCUUUAUGGAGAAAGAGGCAGUAAUGAAGGUGGAGAUACAGAGCCUGAGAGAGAAGGAGGCCAAGCGUGAGGAGAAGGAAGAGGAGUCUCGCAACUCUAGAGCCAUUACACAGGGUAUCGUAGAGGAUGUAAGCAAUGGCUUCGGUCACUACUUCAACUACAGGAAAGCCCGUGAGGAACUCAAGGCGCUUGUGUUAAAGGCGCGGGUCAGAUCCUACACUCCCAAACUCAAAACAGGAGCGGUUGUCAAUGGCAUUACCCCUGGCUCAGACACACUG